CAGCCUUCAUCAGGCUGUGGAAGCAACCUGCUUGGUGAUUCAGGUUAAGGAGACCCUGUUUCCAUGGGCUGAUGCCUUCUUAGGCAAAGCUUUAAUAAGUGGAAAGUGUGAAAUGUGUUAGGUUUACCUUAAACACUUAUUUAGGAAAAUAACUUUAUUUUGGAGCUGAUACAGUAGAAUUAUACACAUGAUAUAAAUGAAGCUACCCAUCCAGCAAAUGAAAGGAUCUAUGAGGUCAUUCCUUAAACUGGGGGGGCAGAGUACAAUGUUUCAAAACGCUGGAGAUUAUCUGGGUGAUGCUAGAGAUUACAUUUAAUAUGAUUGUGUCUUCAGACAUUCUGCUUCUCCAUUUCAUGAGCUAAAAUAUUUUAUAAAAAUGAAAUCGGAUAUCUUCAUUGAUCUUCAAGUUCACCGUGUCCUGUGAAUUCAGAGAAGACUUUCUGAAGGAGGAAUAGAGUCAUCACAUGUGUGGACUUCUCUUGUUGCUCAAGGAUACACUUUUUUUUUUCAUUGUGAAAGGCUGCAUGAAGAUGAGUCUUCAUUUGAGAUAUGAUCUGUAUAACUAGGUGAACAAGGAUACUUUUAAUGAAUUAUCAACAUCUAUUUCAGUCUGUUUCUCCAGCUUUUUUUUUUUUUAAUAAAAAAUGAAGGACAAGUAUAAAAUAGCAGAGCUGAUGUGUUUCUGUGAGGCCUUUAUGUAAGCCUCUGUGUCUGGAUGUGGUGCUAAAGGACAGACAAUCUGCUUUUGGUCAGCUGAUUGCAACUGCAGAAAGAGAACCUUUAAUUUAAAGUAACUUGCAGCUGUAAUUAUUUUACUCUUUGGCUUGCACCGAAUGAAAGGGAAAUUUAAGUUUUACUGGUCAGGAGCAUUUUACUGAAGUAAGAAAGGGAAACUUAUAUUAUCCUUGUUUUCAUUUCAAACCAAGAGCUGAUAACCUCUUUCACUUAGAAUUUGACUACUAGGGAGAUCUCGGCAGAGUAAAGCAAGUCAGAUGUCAGCAAACGACUCUUCUCCCCCAUCCUUACAGAAGUUUUCCCCGCCUGCCUGUCAUGCUGCUGCACCACAGACCCCAACUUUGUCUUCAAGUCCCCAGUCGGGGCUCUCCAGCCGACUCUCCAAUGGCAGUUUCAGUACCCAGAGCCUCACCAACUCCCGAGGCUCUAUGCAUGGGAUCUCCUUCCUUCUACAAAUUGGUCUCACUCGAGAGACUGUCACCAUUGAAGCUCAGGACCUGUCCCUCUCUGCUGUUAAAGACCUCGUGUGCUCAAUAGUUUACCAGAAGUUCCCAGAGUGUGGUUUCUUUGGCAUGUAUGACAAAAUUCUCCUGUUCCGCCAUGACCUGAACUCAGAUAAUAUUUUGCAACGAAUUACAUCAGCAGAAGAGAUACAUGAGGGAGAUCUUGUUGAGGUUGUACUCUCUGCUUUGGCUACAGUUGAAGAUUUCCAGAUUCGCCCUCAUGCACUUUAUGUGCAUUCCUACAAGGCUCCUACUUUUUGUGACUACUGCGGAGAGAUGCUUUGGGGUUUGGUACGACAAGGAUUGAAAUGUGAGGGUUGUGGGUUAAACUACCAUAAGCGAUGUGCCUUCAAGAUUCCAAACAACUGCAGUGGCGUGAGGAAGAGGCGCCUGUCUAACGUGUCUUUACCAGGAGCAGGGCUUUCCGUUCCAAGACCAGCACAAGCUGAACACACAUCCUCUGCCUCUGAAGAGCGUUGCUGCCCAGAACCUAGUAAGAGGAUUCCCUCUUGGAGUGGCCGCCCCAUCUGGAUGGAUAAGAUGGUGCUUUGCAGAGUGAAGGUCCCACACACCUUUGCUGUCCACUCUUACACUCGUCCCACCAUCUGCCAGUAUUGCAAACGGCUGCUUAAGGGCCUUUUUCGCCAAGGAAUGCAGUGUAAAGAUUGCAGAUUCAACUGUCACAAACGCUGUGCACCCAAAGUACCUCGAGACUGUCUUGGAGAGGUUAUUUUCAAUGGAGAACCUGCUAGCCCAGGCCAGGACUUGGAUAUGCCAAUGGAGGUUGAUAGCAGUGAAAUGAACAGUGAUGGUAGUCGAGUUCUAGAUGAUGCUGAAGAGCCCUCUCCUCCAGAGGACAAAAUCUUUUUUAUGGAUCCGUCUGACCUCGAUGCAGACAAAGAUGAGGAAGCUGUCAAAACAAUCAGUCCUUCAACAAGCAAUAAUAUUCCUCUCAUGCGAGUUGUGCAGUCAAUCAAACACACAAAGAGGAAGAGCAGUACAAUGGUGAAAGAAGGAUGGAUGGUCCACUACACUAGUAGAGACAACCUGAGAAAAAGACAUUACUGGAGACUGGACAGCAAAUGCCUCACACUAUUUCAAAAUGAAUCUGGAACAAAAUAUUAUAAGGAGAUUCCACUUUCAGAAAUUCUCCAGGUGACUCAGCCUCGAGAUUUUUCACACGUGGUGCAGGGCAGCAAUCCCUACUGUUUUGAGAUCAUCACUGACACGAUGGUGUACUUUGUUGGCGAGAACAAUGGCAGCACUCAUCACAGUCCAGUUCUUGCUGCCUCUGGAGUUGGACUUGACGUAGCUCAGGGCUGGGAGAAAGCCAUCCGCCAGGCCUUGAUGCCAGUCACUCCUCAGCCUAGCGUUUGCACUGCUGCAGGACAAGGAAAAGACCACAAAGAAUUGUCUCUAAGCAUCUCUGUUUCAAAUUGCCAGGUCCAAGAGAAUGUGGAUAUCAGCUCUGUGUACCAAAUAUUUGCCGAUGAAGUGCUGGGUUCUGGUCAGUUUGGUAUUGUAUAUGGAGGAAAACACAGGAAGACUGGAAGAGAUGUGGCUAUCAAAGUCAUUGACAAGAUGAGGUUUCCAACUAAACAGGAAAGUCAGCUUCGUAAUGAAGUAGCCAUUCUCCAGAAUUUGCACCACCCUGGGAUUGUGAACCUGGAAUGUAUGUUUGAAACCCCAGAACGAGUCUUUGUUGUGAUGGAAAAGCUGCAUGGGGAUAUGCUAGAGAUGAUUCUUUCCAGUGAGAAAAGUCGACUUCCAGAACGAAUAACUAAGUUCAUGGUCACUCAGAUACUUGUUGCUUUGAGGAAUUUACACUUCAAGAAUAUUGUGCACUGUGAUUUAAAACCAGAAAAUGUACUACUAGCAUCGGCAGAACCAUUCCCUCAAGUGAAGCUGUGUGAUUUUGGCUUUGCACGCAUCAUUGGUGAGAAGUCUUUCCGGCGCUCCGUGGUGGGCACCCCUGCGUACCUCGCCCCUGAAGUGCUCAGGAGCAAGGGCUACAACCGCUCCCUAGACAUGUGGUCAGUAGGAGUUAUUGUCUAUGUGAGCCUCAGUGGCACAUUCCCAUUUAAUGAAGAUGAGGAUAUCAAUGAUCAGAUUCAAAACGCAGCAUUUAUGUACCCACCAAAUCCUUGGAAGGAAAUUUCUAGUGAAGCCAUUGAUUUAAUAAACAAUUUGCUUCAAGUGAAGAUGAGAAAACGUUUCAGUGUUGACAAAUCCCUUAGUCACCCAUGGUUACAGGAUUAUCAGACUUGGCUUGACCUCAGAGAAUUUGAAACACGCAUUGGAGAGCGUUACAUUACCCACGAGAGCGACGACGCACGCUGGAAAGAACACGCUUACGAACACAACCUCGAGUACCCCCAGCACUUCAUUAUGGCUCCCAACCCAGAUGACAUGGAAGAAGAUCCUUGAUUUGUUCAUUGUGCUAAAUCGCAGCAAAGAAGGAUACUCCAGGCAGAAACUGAAGAAAGUGGAACAGCUGUUGCUGUUUCCUAAUGCUGUACACAUAGUUUGGUGUGUAAAGCCCCAGAGGAUCCUGCAUUGCCAUGGGAAUAGACGGUUGUCUGAAAACUUUUCUCCAUCCCUGACUUUAACUCUGAGAAGUUACUAGACAGUGGAAUACAAAGCCCUGUUGGGUUACAUUUCACCGUGCUGGGUGGCUACAAAGCCAUUGCUGAGGUGCAGUGUGUACAGACUGAAUGGUUUGUGUUUUUCAAAGGUUUUUGUUUUUUCAUAGCCUACGCAGUAAGAGUUUUGUAAUAGUUUUCUAAUCCCUAUUUACUAGGCCAUAGAGGACUGUUUUCUGUUACUUAGAUACAUCUCCUGUUUCUCAAACUGUGGAUGGUGAAGAGACUGUAUAAAGAAAUCAGUACAGAAUACCUUGGCUAAAGCAAAAUGUGGUGGUUUAGUUGAAUACAGCUUCAUAGAUGAAGGAAUAAUUUGCUGCUGUUUAGACAGUUAAAUAUGUGUGUCUUGGCCCUAAUUGAACUUUUAACAGAUAGCAACAAGAAAAAAAAAAUUGAAAACCCCAUAACUUCUUACAUUCCUCUUGAAAUGCUGGCUGAGAGUCUAAGGAGAUGACAGUCAAAGCUGUGCUAGGCUUUUAUUUUGUCUGUUAAAAAAAGCAGUAAGCCACAACAGUGCGCUGCUGUGCAACGCUGGCAUGCCAUUGAUACACACCAAAGGCAUUUUGCCUUAAAACUACACAAAUAAUGCAGAGAGCACACAAGACUUGAUGUAGCAUAUCCUUUCACUCUGGAAGACCAGCUUCUAGCAGAAGGAUGUGGAAAAAUAGGGAAAAAUACAUGCAGCUUUCUUCUGUCAUUUUGAGUAAUAAGAUUUUAAAAUUUUUCUAAUAUUUUUCUAAUUUUUUAAGGUUCCCUGGACUUACAUCAGGAGUAGUUUGUAGCCUGCUAGCUUGUUAUUUUAACUCUGCUCAAAACCUAGAAGUAACAGUCGAUACCACAUCCGCUGUUGCUUCUGCCAGGGCAGCUGGAUUGUAGGAGAAAGGACUUUGCCUUCCACCUUAACCUGCAGCCCCUCCCAUCCUCUUUUUUACUGUGCUCAGAACUGUUUGAGCUGAAUGAAGAAUUCAAAAGCAACUCCUAACUCAGUUUUUACUGUGCACAUGCCUGACCUGAAGGAUUCCCAACCACUAAUUUGACUUGUGGCACAGUAGAGGGGAAACAGCAGUGUUCUUUGGAAAUGAUUCCCUUGGACAGUUCAAGUAAAUAGUAUUUCAACAAAGUUUGAGGCCAUAAUGCUAAGUGCAAAUGGAAGAAGGUUUUUUGGUCUUAUUUUAAAAAAUAAAAAGGGUGAAAUCCUUUUUUUGUGGGAUAACAGUGUUGUGCUCCUGGAGGAUGCUGGAUGGAUGUAUGAUGUGCCAAGCUACUUAACUGGAGCUUAGUUGGAAAUAUUUCUAAAAUACUCAUACAGACUUGAACUGCAAAGGCAGUGAGAGGCUUUAGGGAAUCUCCUCUCUCCUAAAAAGAUUUUUCUUUUUUUGUUUGUGUGUAGAUAAAUAUUUUUUUCUACUGUUUUUAUUCAGGUAAGGAAACAGGUGAGCAGAUUUAUAAGUUGUUAGAUGUUAAUGUUAACAUGGUUAUUUCAGAGCUGGCAGCUGCUUGCACUAGCAGUGACCUGGCAGUGGUCAGUGGCAGCUGCAGAAGGAUGUGCCCACAGGUAGGUCUGGGUUUUUAACUCACUCUCUCUUUUCCCACUGCCCUUUAUCUAUCUGCCACUGCAUUUCGUAGGUGUCUGUGUUGGCAAAGGCUGAGCUCUGGAUUCUUAACCCUGUUUAGAGAGGGUUUCAGGACUGAUUGUUCAAAGAGGCACUGCUUUUCAUCUCUGCAACCAGAGCAAUCACCUCUGACAUUGGUAGUUUGGUAUUUGCCUGCUCUUGGCAAGGAAAGCCGUGCUUUUUCAACUUCCAGUGCUCAAGUGACCAAAUUUCAGUGAAGCCAUUGCUAUAUUCCAUCCUAAUUGUAAUAUGUAGAUACAGUUUGGUUUUAAACUUUGGAUAUUUCACUUGAGCUGUUACUUCAGGUUUACCUGUGGGUUUGUUGUUUGUGUUGUUGUAAGGGAGGAAAUAAAGCAGCUCAGUCACUUGAAAAAGCACAACAGGAAUAGAGGAAGGAGGGGACAAUAAUGAAGUAGAAGGCCUGGCUUUUGUCUCUCCCCAUGAAGUCUGCUCUGCUUCAAAAUAUUAUAUGAGCUAUUUAUUCUUCAAGUUGUAUUAAAAUAAAAAUGCUGUUGGCCUUUGAGGAGAUUGCCUGAUCAUAUGCAGACUUAUGGAGCCAGACAAGAGAAGCCACAAGCAGCUAGUAGUCAAGAAACCAAAAAAAUCAGGCUUACAUUAUGAGUAAAAUUCCUAGAGUAGUAAAAAUAGCUGAGUUUUUUAUUCCCUUUUUUCUACCUUUGCUGCAGACUUUUACAGCAGUAGGUUACAGUGUUUCAUACCCAUACCCCUAGAUGAAUUAAGUUGCGUUCAUUCAAGCAAUAGUGCUAUGGUGAUGCUAGAAAAAAGCUCAUGUAAAAUUUAUAGCCUCAAAAUGACACUGUCAAGUACUUUUAUAUUUUUAUACACCCCAUUGUUUGUAAAUAUCCUCUGGUAAGCUUGAAAAUAAAAUUUAUUUCCCUAUCA